GAUGCUGCGGCUAAGUGUGUCUGNNCNNGACCUGGGCUCNGUGGUGACCUCGUCAUGGCAUCUUCUGCUUCUUGGAGCGGCUUCCUGGAUUUUGGCCAGAAUCCUUGCCUGGACUUACUCAUUCUGUGAGAACUGCUCCCGACUCAGAUGUUUCCCUCAGCCCCCUAAAAGAAACUGGUUUUUGGGUCACUUGGGCAUGAUUGAGCACAAUGAGGAAGGCAUGCGGCUGAUAACUGAAGCGGGCCAGACUUUCCGAGAUGUUCAUCUCUGUUGGCUGGGACCAGUGAUUCCUGUGCUGAGGAUUGUUGACCCUGCAUUUGUUGCCCCCCUGCUCCAGGCCCCAGCUUUGGUGGCCCCAAAGGACACGACUCUUUUACACUUCCUGAAGCCCUGGCUGGGGGAUGGGCUCUUGCUGAGUUCGGGUGACAAGUGGAGCCGCCAUCGCCGUCUGCUGACACCUGCCUUCCACUUUGACAUCCUGAAGCCCUAUGUGAAGAUUUUUAACCAGAGUGUGAACAUCAUGCAUGCCAAGUGGAAGGACCUAUGCUCGGAAGGCAGUGCACGUCUGGAAAUGUUUGAGAACAUCAGCCUCAUGACCUUGGACAGUCUGCAGAAAUGCCUCUUUGGCUUUGACAGCAACUGUCAAGACUCUCCCAGUGAAUACAUUUCUGCCAUCUUGGAACUCAGCUCCCUCAUAAUAAAGAGGUCACAUCAGCUCUUCCUGUACAUGGACUUCCUGUAUUACCAGACUGCUGAUGGGUGGCGCUUCCGCAAGGCCUGCGACCUGGUGCACAACUUCACAGAUUCUGUCAUUAGGGAAAGACGGCACACCCUCUCCAGCCAAANCCUUGAUGAGUUUGUGAAGUCCAAGGCUAAGUCUAAGACUCUGGACUUCAUUGACAUUCUCUUGUUGGCCAAGGAUGAAGAUGGAAAAGAGCUGUCAGAUGAGGACNUCCGAGCAGAAGCUGACACCUUCAUGUUUGGAGGCCAUGACACCACAGCCAGUGCACUCUCCUGGAUCCUGUACAACCUGGCGAGGCACCCGGAACACCAGGAGCGCUGCCGGCAGGAGGUCCAGGAGCUGCUGAGGGACCGAGAGCCUGAGGAGAUUGAAUGGAACUGCAUAGGACAGACUUUCGCCAUGAGCGAGAUGAAGGUGGUGCUGGCGCUGACGCUGCUGCGCUUCCGUGUGCUGCCAGAUGACAGGGAGCCGCGCCGGAAGCCGGAGAUAAUCCUGCGGGCGGAGGGCGGGCUGUGGCUGCGGGUGGAGCCGCUGAGCGGGGGUGCUCAAUCACCCCAAACCUGA